AUGUCGAUGCGGGAGAGUAUAUUCAGUAUCGGAUCCCGAAUGAUCCAGAGACACGACGAUGACAUAAGUUUCGAUGUUAUGAAUCUUGAUGACUUGCAUCAAACGCACAGUGACCUCUUGCAAGAAAUCUGGAUGUUGACCCUAGAAAACGACAUGUAUGAGCGGUACCUGAGUCGACAAGAUCCUCACGGUCUCAAAAGAGUUCAUAAAGAAAAUUUAUCUAUCGUCCAAAAUUCUUAUCAAGCCAUCAAGAAUGUCCUGGACAGAGCAAAAAUCACAAGAAGAGUUACAGCACACUUAUUACCAAGAUCAUCGCGUAUGAGCUUCCGAGAAAGCGUAAUAAAUGUCCAUGACCCUGGCAGAUAUAGUGUUGUUAGUACACCUAGCAUUGUCAGCAUGCCGUCCGUAAGUCGAUUAGGAGCAACAAGCAUCAUGACAGUGGGAACUACAGGCGAUAGCCCGAAAAUCACAAUAGCACAUCGGAUGUUUAUGGCAAGAAAGGAAGUGGAGGAGAUGAAACGGAAACUGGAACAGAUGCAAGUGUUCGUGCGAAAGAAGAAAGCAACCAUGAGGGCAAAGAUCGAGGAAAUCGAAAUUCGGAUCAGCGAGGCGCAUGAAUCGACGGCAGAGUUCGAAUCGGAAGUGGUUGUAGAGGGCGUGGACUCUAUAACAGGGAAGAUUCCUGCCGAACGAGUGAUCAGGUGA